GCAGUAGUACGUUGCCCACUAACCAAAACAGACAUGAAAAUCGAAUUCAUAACUUUGAUGCUGUCGCAGUUGCUGCAUGCGCAAGCACCACGCAGCCUGAACAGCUUGACAGCGUAUUUGGAGAGCCACGAUCUGGCCGGUGCGGGCAAUACGAAGAAGUGUUUUGCCAGCUAUCUGCCGCAGCUGGAGCAAGUGGGCGCCAACUGGUCAACGGCGUACAGUGGCUGCCAGCAGCAAGCGGACACAGUGCGUGGCACUGCGCUGAGCAAGCUGGAUGGCGAGCAGCAACUGAUGCGGGAGGCGGCAUUGCGCAUAGACGGCUACAUAGACAGCUGCCUGGACAUUACGGAUGUCCUGGACUAUUUCAACUGUUUUUCCAAAUUGUCGAAGCAGCAGCUGGCCACGAUGUAUGCCAUAUCGUUCAAUGCCUCGGAGAAUGCGCUCAGUCUCACACAGCAGCUGAAUAGCAUCGAUGUGGAGCGCUAUCGCUGCACGAAUCGCACCGAGGAGAGCUAUGUCCUGGGCACAGCGCGCAUAUUCGAUGCGCUGGACAAAUGCCUGCAGCUGGCGGCGAAUUCGGCUAAAACCACAGAUUAAAGUCUUUCAAAUGCUUUACUAAAUAUCUAAAUUCUA